UGCGAUCUCAAUUCUUACUACCUGCGAAUAAACUAAACACUAUCACACAACAAUGUCUCUGCUACCGUUCUUGAUGGGUUACGAAUACCCUCAUCACCAUCAUCAUCGCCAUCGCCUGCUGGACCAGGACUUCGGCUUAGCGUUGACUCCUGAUGAUCUGCUCACCGCGGCUGUUGCACCGAUGAUGUCUCGAGACUACUAUCGACCGUGGCGUCAGUUGGCAAAUGUUGCUCGAGACGUCGGUUCCACCAUCAAGUCGGACAAGGACAAAUUCCAGGUCAAUUUGGACGUUCAACACUUUGCCCCUGAAGAGAUCUCUGUGAAAACCGCCGAUGGCUUUGUAAUCGUUGAGGGCAAACAUGAAGAGAAACAAGAUGAACACGGUUACAUCUCGCGUCAAUUCACGCGAAAGUACGCGCUACCAGAGGGUUGCAAACCUGAAACGGUGGAGUCCCGAUUGUCAUCUGACGGCGUACUUUCCAUCAUUGCGCCAAAGGUUGCUCCACAACUGAAGAACAGCGAGCGGCCAGUACCGAUCUCCCAGACCGGACCUGUUAGGAAGGAGAUCAAAGACCAGACUCCCCAGGCGGCUGAAAAUGGUUCGAAGUAAACCCACUCGAUAUGGAAAGUGCUUUAGUCUGAUAUGUGCCGUGAAUUUCUUAUUUUGUUCCCGUCGGUUUAUGUUUCUGUAUGUGUUAAUAAAGACUGAUAAUUCUAAAAAGUGAAUUAGUUUUUAAGU